AUGGAGGUGGUCGACCUCAAGCUGGUGCUACUUGGCCAGCCCGGCGUCGGCAAGACCUGCCUGGUGUACCGGUAUCUCUACAACACAUUUGGCGAGACCAUCUCGACCAUCGGCGCGUCCUUUGCGAUGAAGAAGAUUGAGUCCAACGGCCGCCCGUGCAACCUCGGCAUCUGGGACACCGCGGGCCAGGAGCGGUUUGACUCGCUGUCGAGCUUCUACUGCCGCGGCGCGCGCGCAGCCAUCAUCUGCUUCGACCUCACGGACCGAGCCUCGUUCGAGUGCCUGCAGAGCAAGUGGGUGAAGAAGGUGCUCGACGAGGCGGAGCCCGGCUGCCACAUCUGCAUCGUCGGCACCAAGCUCGACCUCGUGCAGGCGGGCCGCUACGGGCGCGCGGUGUCGGAGGAGGAGGUGAGGGCCGUGGCGGCAAAGCACCACGCCGACGUCUUCGAGGUGUCGUCAAAGGCGGGGACAGGUAUCGGCGAGAUCUUUGAGGCGGUGGUGCAGCACUUCCACUCGCGCGGCGCGAGCGGCGGCGCCGGCCACGGUGGACUGUCGGUGAGCGGCGUGCAGGCGCGCGAGGGCGGCGGCUGCUGCUGA